UUUGCUUUUUGUUUCUGAUAUGGAGAUGAUGACAGAACGACAUCUGCAGUAAAUGAUCUGCAUAUCCAUUAAACUUACAGGAGCCAUCACUGCUUCAUAUUAACUUCACUGUGAAAUUAGGAGUAAAAACAGCAGGAAAAUGGAAACAAUCAUAAAUCUACUUCUGCUUCUCUCAGGGCUGUGUUCUCCAUCCUCAUGUGUGCCCCAGCAUUCAUACAUCUUAGUCAAUAUGUCAAAGACCUGGUACGAAGCGCAGACCUACUGCAGAGACACAUGUUUUGACCUGGCUACCAUAAACGACAUGGAAGAGAUGGAAACAGUACUUCAAGCUGUGGAGGGCAAGUACGACGGUGCCAUGUGGAUCGGACUUCAGAAAGGGUGGACGAUGAGGUGGCACUGGUCUUUGGCCAACAAAGAUUUCUACAAGGAGGGAGAAAAAAACAGUUUUGUUUUGGAUGAUACACAUUACAACUGUGUGACUUACCUGGAGGGGAAAAUGGAUUCAAUUUCAUGUACAUACAUGAAAUAUUCAGUUUGCUUUGAUGGGAAAAAAAGUGACCGUGAACAGUAUGUUCUCACGACACAAAUGAUGACUUGGAUUGUUGCUCGCGAGUACUGCAGGACUCAGCACACAGACCUGGCCAGUGUGAGGAAUGAGGACGAAAAUCGGACCAUUCAGGAAGUAGCUGGUGGCCUGCAGGUGUGGAUUGGCCUUUUCAGAGACCCCUGGGAAUGGUCCGACCAGACCGACUCUUCGUUUAGAUACUGGACAGCAGGUCAACAAGUCUGGACCGAGCCUGAACAAACAUGUGCUGCUUUGUUAAAACACCAGUCUGGUAGAUGGGGAGAACUGCCUUGUAAAGAAGCACAUGCGGUCCUCUGCAACUGUCCCAUUCAGAUGAGGUUCAUUAAAAUGAGGAUCAGCUCACAGGACCCUGAACUGGAUCCAAACGAUCCUGCAGUGCAUGACUACAUAUUGAAGCUUAUCAAACAGAAACUGAGUGACAAAAGUACGACUGACGUUUUCCAGCUACGAUGGAAAAAGCAUCCCGGUGGAAGAGUUUUUACCAGGCAACCAAACUAACAUGGCUGACGAGAGAGUAGAAUCAGAGAAACAGGUUUUUAAAAAAUAAUAUUAAGCCCGGGGUUCCUGUGUGUCUGUGCAACUUUUACUUAAAGAUAUAAUGUUUAACAUUUCUACCUUAAAAUGUGUAAAAACAAUUAGACCUUUAUUAUGUAUUUUGUUGAGUUGUGUAGCCUACUUAGAGCUAGAAUUUCAUUCAAAUAAACUCACGUUUUAUUUGGUCAUUUGUCUAACUUCCCAGAGAGUCAGAGAGUGAGGGAGGAAGUCAGCGAAUGUGACUAAAACUUUUAAACAUUACUACUUCAUUAAACUGCGUCUUUUGUCUUUUUUUCACCUCCUGUUUUUAAACAAAUGAGAUUUUCUAUAACGUGUGUUUGGGGAGGUGGAGGAAGUAUUCAG